AGCUUUCAGUAGGUUUGCUACAGCGACUCCAGCAGGACGCAUAAACAGUUCGUUGGUACUGUGCAACGAGACGGUACCCCAGUACAUUACAAGGCGGCGUAGACCAAACUUCGCAUCGUGUCGUGUUGAGCGACGCGUAACUGACGAACGUUGGGCAGUGAAGGAAACAGGAGGUGUAACAGUAGAAAGGCGUAGGUGCACUGUGCCGUUCCAGACAUUCCAAACUGCAUCGUUUUGCAAUUUGGAUGUCACCGCACAGUGACUUUCACGGUGUGCUUAGUUAUCGUCGUGUGUUGACAUUUGCUAGAAAGUGUUCGAAGUAGUACAGGAUACUGAGACAUCCUGGUUUUGUUGUAUGGUGUGUUUCCACACACACGCUACCUGUAGAAGGAUACGUGCAGCGGGUAUCAGUGUAGUGUAAAAAAUUGUUUUGCAAUAUCGAUAAGCUUUACCAGCUUGUUGAGGUGGUUUUUGCCUGUGUAUGCAUCUAUUUGAAAAAAAAAGAAAUUAGUGUAAAUAUAGCGUGAUUGCUUCAAUUCAAGCAGAUCAAGUGUAUAGGUGAAAUGUGCUAAAGUUUGAAAGUGUUGAAGUGUGUCCACACAGCUCCGGAGUUCGGUGCCUACCAGACACCUACCGUACCAAGAACAGAAGACACUGCUUUGACGCGAGUGUUCCGGCAAUCUUCCGUUUCUGGCCUCAAUGUUUCUGCAAGCAACUGAUUAACCUUACCUAUCAACCAAUCAUACUUACCAAGCAACGCCCGGUCACGCAAGGGCGUUUCCGUGAUCUAACGUGAUCCCGGUGACGUUACGAAGCUGUCGAGUUCCUUUGGCUAUUAUCAAAGGAUACGUGAUUUCAACUUAACCGACCGAAUAGAACGUAACAGCACAGCAAACACAAAAAUGCUUCGUUGCCAGCAGCGAAGGUGCAACAGGCAGAUUUUGUUACUACUGUUCAGCUGCAUCUUUCUCUCUAGCACAUAUGCCGAUGAAGAAGAAAGCUUCACUUCGGCCAGCCUGGUGGCGGGUACCGGAGCACUGACAAAGGUUUGCCCAUUUCCGGGCGCACCGGCCCACGGCAGCGUACACUUCUCCGAUGACUCACUGUCAAACAACACCGUGGCAACUUACUAUUGUGAACGAGGCUUCGAGCUGCUCGGACCGUCCCGACGUGUUUGCAUCGAUGAACAGUGGAUACCGGAGGGUAUUCCCUUCUGCGUAUUAAACGUGGCAGCCGGUAAGGCUCCGAUGCAAAUCUCCACCGAAGCGUCUGGUAUACCGCAGAAAGCAAUCGAUGGAUCGACGUCUGCUUUCUUUUCGCCGGAUACUUGUUCGUUGACGAAACCGGAACGUGUACCGUGGUGGUACGUAAAUCUGUUGGAACCGUACAUGGUGCAACUGGUGCGAUUAGACUUCGGCAAGUCUUGCUGUGGUAAAGGCAAACCCGCCACCAUUGUUGUACGCGUCGGUAAUAACCGUCCCGACUUGGGGACGAAUCCCAUCUGCAAUCGUUUCACCGGUACGCUCGAGGAAGGACAACCACUAUUCCUGCCCUGCAAUCCACCGAUGCCGGGCGCGUUCGUCUCAGUGCAUCUGGAGACAAAUGCACCGAGCCAGUUGUCCAUCUGUGAGGCGUUCGUGUACACCGAUCAAGCCCUACCGAUCGAACGAUGUCCUGCGUUCCGUGAUCAACCUCCCGGUGCGUCGGCAUCGUACAAUGGCAAGUGUUACAUCUUCUACAGCCGACAGCCAGCGACGCUGCGAGACGCACUUGCCUUCUGUCGGGCACGCGGUGGCACACUGAUUAACGAGAGCAAUCCGGCACUGCAAGGAUUCAUUAGCUGGGAGCUGUGGCGUCGUCACCGUAGCGAUACGUCCUCCCAAUACUGGAUGGGUGCAGUACGUGAUGCGCAGGAUCGCAACACUUGGAAAUGGAUUGGCGGCGAGGAGGUGUCGGUAUCGUUCUGGAAUCUGCCCGGUGGCGAUGAGGAUUGUGCACGAUACGACGGUUCGAAGGGAUGGCUGUGGAGUGAUACGAACUGUAAUACGCAGCUUAAUUUUAUCUGUCAACAUCAACCUAAGGCUUGUGGCAGACCAGAACAACCGCCCAACUCGACCAUGGUCGCGCCGAAAGGAUUUGAUGUGGGUGCGAUCGUUGAAUACAGCUGCGACGAAGGACAUCUUCUGGUAGGACCACAGCAGCGUACCUGCCUUGAGACCGGCUUCUACAAUGAGUUCCCACCUGUAUGCAAAUAUAUCGAGUGUGGAUUGCCUGCUUCGAUUCCGCAUGGAUAUUACGAUCUCAUCAAUGGUACGGUUGGCUACUUAAGCACGGUCAUGUACCGAUGUGCCGAAGGCUACGAGAUGGUUGGACGUGCCGUGUUAAUCUGUGACAUUGAUGAGCGUUGGAAUGGACCACCACCACGCUGCGAGUUGAUUGAAUGUGAUCCACUACCAACACUGUUCGCGAACGGUGUUAUCGUGUCCUCCAACCAGACGGUCUAUGGUACACGGGCAGAAGUGCACUGUAAUCGUGGUUUUAUCCCCGACGGUGAGCCGGAAAUUGUUUGUACAGCAACCGGUCAGUGGAGUCAUCCGUUGCCGAAGUGUGUACCCAAUCCGGUCGACCAUAACGAAGGUGCAGUAACAGUUCGCCCAAGCGUACUAUCAACUGCGUCGAGCUCUUCGCGAGCACCUCCGGUAUUGAUCGUUUCACCCACGACACCUGCGUCGAUCGGUGGCAUUCCAUCACGCCGUCAACCAACAGGUGGACGUCGCCCAGUCAGUACUGUCCGCUACUCCACACAAACUCCAUCCCAGAGCAGUACCGUAUCGGCCGCAGAGUCGACCACCUCCAUCACGAUCAAUAUGGCGGGACCGACGACGGCACAACCGAGCCACACCAGCAGUACCACCGAGUCGCCCAUCUUCAGCAUCGAGAUCGAUGAUGGUACGGAUGACGACAAUAGCUAUCUGCCGCAUGACGGCCCUAACCGAAAGCAUAUAAACAGUAAUGAUGACUACUACUACCGCAAACCUAACCUUGAAGACGGCUUCAAUGCCGGCAACGAAAAUGACUACGAUGACGACAACAACGACGACGACGACGAUAACGACCACAACGCAAACAACGACGAUCAUCUACCGACCUUUGACGAUAACUUUGACAGCCUCGAGGGCUUCUUCAUCGGCACUAACGAAGAUUACUCUCUUCCACCUCCUCCCCCCUCAGAAGUGCGACCCGGAUCGAUGGGUGAGGAAGCGGUACGGCCGUUCCGCCCACAACAACCGUCCGUCGUGAUACUGUCCAAGGAUCCAGCCGCCACGAAACCGGCCUCCCCGAAACCCACGAUCUACGAACCAACCCAUCCGCCCACGGUGGUAAGCGUAACGCCGCCCGCCCAAACCCACCGGCCACAAGUAACUGGCACGACGGGACGUCGUCCCGCCACGACGACGCGCGUCCGCAACCAGCAUCCGAACCACGAGCAGGACGUACUGCUAUCGCACCAUCCGCAGGACAAUGAAAUACCGGGCAGUGUUAACAUCCGGCAGGAUCAAUCGCCCAAGGUAAACGUACCGUUCGCAGUGAACAACGUGGACGAUCUCGUACCGGCGGACGGUACCAACGGCAAUGGCGGAAGCGACGGUCUGCUAACGAGCUUCGGUGGUACGAACGGCGGUACCGGUGGGUUGGGCAGUGCGGGCGGCAGCGGAUCCGCAGCGGGCGACCGAAAGGAAUCGAAGAACGCUAAACUGAACCUGGGCGCCAUUGUGGCGCUCGGUGCGUUCGGUGGUUUCGUCUUCCUAGCCGCCGUCAUCACGACCAUCGUGAUCGUCGUACGAAGAAAUCGCACCUCAAAUCAACACUAUCGGCAUCGUGCCUCACCGGACUGCAAUACGGUCGCAUCCUUUUCCAGCUCUAGCUCGGAGUCCCGUAACGGAUUGAACCGCUACUACCGGCAGGCGUGGGAAAACCUACACGAAUCUGCCUCGAAAAACCACAACCAUUCCGGACUGAAGCGCAAAGAAACGAUGGACGCACCGGUGAAUCGGUCCCGAUCGCGUGAAAACCUUGACGUGAGCAGAUCACGCGAACUGGACAGAUCCCGGGAAAACCUGUCAUCGGCACGAAGCCGCGAUUACGGCCGGGACAGUAUGGCACUGCGCGACGGCUCGGAGAUGGUAGUGUCGGAUGUGUGCGUGAAGGGCGAGAAGAAGCGGCACCAUCACCAUCACCACAAGAGCAGUCACCGGAAUGAUUUCCGUGAACCGAACAUACUGGGCAGCGGUAAUGGACGGCGCGAACAUCGCCAUUACUGACGCGGUAAAAUGAUCAUCACCAUCCGGAUCGAUGGAUGUGCGCAACGCCACGAGGGCGAUAGUCUCAGGCCGAUUCGCGAUAUAUAGGGAAUGUAAUGCGACACAGAUGCGAUGCGUUUUAGUAGACUGUUGGUGCGGAUUAUGCGUUUCUGUGUGGGUGCGCAUGUGGGAGAGCACCAACAACCAUCCUCAACCUCAAGAUGCUGACAGCUGUCGACGGAAUGGGUUGUUGUUUUUUUUCUUCGGUGCAUUCCGCCAAACAGAGGCAGCGUAGAGUGCUGACCAAUGAGCCAAGCUCAGCAAAUGAAACAGGAGAGAAAAAAGUGUGUAUGUAUAUGCAUGUGUGUGCGUGUGUAUGAAACAGAAAGAGUACUAGCCAAGGAUAGUGCAGCACAGUGACGGGGCUUCACACAUAACCACACCAAUUGUUUUUGUUUCUAUUUUAAGUAAGCGUAUAACAGUAUAACAGUGGAUUUACUAAGAGACAUUACCACAGUCAACAUAUUACUGGUUGUCUCCAUAUCUUUUGUGUAUUACAUUCCACAACGCACCAUUUUUCUUUGUUGUUUUUAUAGGGCAUACCAAUUCCAUACCCUAGUCCCUAGUUCCUUCAAUACUCCCUCCCUCCCCAACUUCACAAGUAGAAGUAAAUCCUUAAUGCCCGUUUUGUGGAACAGCGUGAAGUGCGGCGAAGCACUGCUAAUGGUGAGAGUACUAACAAACGUAAUAGAUAAGUAAGGCGAACGUUUAGAACUUGUAGUAAGUGGUUCGACCCGAUCGUCCGACAAACUGUCAUUCGUUAAUUUUACAACAUGGUGGAUGGAAAUGGAAGUGAUUGAACGAAGGUUACAACGCAAGUCCCAGUAUCAACGUAUUUGUAAUUAUAACCUAGUAUCACGAAUUUAUCGGAUAAAUGUAGUAGAGCUAUUAUGUAUAUGAACAAUGGUUUGUAAAGGUUUUCUUAGUAUUUCUUCAAUCCCAUCCUCCUAAACUAUCCUUAAAUUUUGUUUGUUGCUUGGUCUAGCUUUCAUCAUCGUAAACGUUCGUGAAACCAUUUUGACCACGUUUAGUAUAGUUGAUUUAGCAUCUCCAGUUCUAGACGCGGUUGACAUGUUUUCCAUCAUUCCUCAUGAAAAAAACGUAUCCUUUCCUUUCUUUUUGUUAUAGGACCUUUUAUAAAAAGAGAGAUUUGUUACCUAAUCUUACUCUUAUUCCAACGCUUUCAGUCUCUCCCUUUGUCCUACAAUAUCUGUAUGUACAUACACUAACACUGACAAAUUAGACAGUUCCACCACCACACAACCCUGGUUACAUUUUCGCAUUCGCAAAAUGUCCGUACUACUCUUUUUUCCGUUACUGUACGGUGAAAGGAAGAUAAAAAAACGCAUUUUAAAUAAUAAGGGAACGUAAUUCGAAACAUGGCCUUAACAAAAAAACGCACAUACAAAACAAUAAUAAGAAGCGGUAAGGGACCAAGCUCAAGGAAGUAUGUACGGGAGAGAAGCGCUCAACUAAGUAAGCCGAAGGACAAGACAAUUUAAGUGGCAAUAUGAUGUUCUAGUUAACCUAUUUUUAGUCGCAGUUUAGCAUUGGGUUAAGCGAAAGCAAUAGGGAUUUGUUUCUAUUUUGCAAUAAUGCGAACGGGUGAAGCCGAACGGUUUAGCAACGCGGCAACAAGCUUUUGCUGGUUCGAAUUUAGUCGAUAUAGGGGAAAAACACGUUGCAUAACUGCUGUUGGUAGUUUGUAGGUUUUUGCUAGACGUUUGAUUUUGUUAUAUACCGUACUUGAAUAAUCGUAACGUUCGGUGGGAAAAGUGUGUUAUUUUUACAAAUAAACAUUAUCAAUGUUGCUAUA